AUGACUGUCUACCUGCCUGGCGACGUGAUAAAUGAGCCAUCGUCUAGUGAUUCGUCGAUUAUCGGAUAUGGAAUAAACUCUCGAGGGGACACAAAAGUCGCCUCUCAGCCAGGAGUUUUCCGCGCCGACGAGGACAAGAUUUGGCUCAAUGUGCACAGCAGAAGGUAUUUUAUUGAAUUUAUUACUUUUCAUAAAAAAUUGAUUCAUUUCAGAUACAUACCUCAAGAAGGAGACCGAGUGAUUGCGAUCGUGACGUCGAAAACCGGCGAUUUCUUCCGAUUGGAUAUCGGCACAGCUGAAUACGCAAUGAUCAACUUCACAAACUUCGAAGGAGCCACAAAACGGAAUCGCCCGAAUCUGAAGACUGGCGACAUCAUCUACGCUUCUGUUUUCGACACGACGCCCCGUACAGAGGCAGAAUUGACGUGUGUGGAUGACGAGAAACGUGCGAGAGGAAUGGGGCAGCUGAACGGAGGAUUCAUGUUCAAAGUGGCACUGAACCACUGCCGUCGGCUGAUCCAUCCGUCGUGCAAGAUUCUGCAGACCGUUGGAAAGUUUUUCAAGUUUGAGAUAACCGUCGGAAUGAACGGACGAAUCUGGAUCAACGCGGCGUCGGCGGACGACAUCAUCAAGAUUCACGAGGUGAUCGUCAAGUCAGAGUUGGUGACGGACGACGACGAUUUGAUCGAACUGGUGCAGAACACUUACACGAGAUCCGUCAAUACCUAA